AUGAAAAUUGGGCGGUGGCGUAUUAAAGAAGCUAAAGAUGUCGUCGAAGCAGGUCAGAUGUCUCUGACAGAAGAGAAGAACAAGCAGGAGCUUGAAACACGGCGAGUCGUUGCACAGGAGAUCGAAAAGCAAUUGGAUAAGCGACUGUGUAUACCAAGCAGGCAUAGCAGUUUUGCUGGAUCGUACAUACUGAGAGGAAUGAAAGCCAUCAACAAAGACAAUGAUAUGGUUGUUAAUAAGUGA